UUCGUUUCUCAUUGGUUUUCUGGCACCUAACCGAGAGGCUCAGCGGUUGCCAACGGACACUAAUGCAACGGGGGGACCGAAAAGGAUUAAACAGGGAAAAUAACACAUUUCUCCUUUUUAGGUUUUUCUAAAUUUUCAAAACGUCGUACGCUAUGAGAGGCGAUCGGGGCCGGGGCCGGGGUGGCCGGUUCGGGUCCCGAGGAGGACUCGCUCAGGGGUAUCGCCCGUUUGUCCCACACAUCCCAUUUGACUUCUAUGUGUGUGAAAUGGCCUUUCCCCGCGUGAAACCCGCACCAGAUGAAACUUCCUUCAGUGAAUGUUUGCUGAAGAGGAACCAGGAUCUGAGCCCCACACCUUCUGAGCAGUCCUCCAUCUUGUCUCUGGUAACAAAGAUCAACAAUGUCAUCGACAAUCUCAUCGUGGCCCCAGGGAACUUUGAAGUGCAAAUAGAAGAAGUGCGUCAGGUGGGCUCUUACAAGAAGGGCACCAUGACGACGGGACAUAACGUGGCCGACCUGGUCGUCAUCCUCAAAAUACUGCCGACGUUGGAGGCUGUUGCUGCUCUGGGAAACAAGGUUGUGGAGACCCUUCGCACCCAGGACCCCUCAGAAGUGCUCUCCAUGCUGACCAAUGAGACGGGCUUCGAGAUCAGCUCUGCCGACGCCACGGUGAAAAUCCUCAUUACCACCGUGCCGCCUAACCUGCGCAAGCUGGACCCCGAGCUGCACCUGGAUAUCAAGGUGCUGCAGAGUGCCCUGGCCGCCAUCCGCCACGCUCGCUGGUUCGAGGAGAACGCCUCCCACUCCACGGUAAAGGUCUUAAUCCGUCUGCUAAAGGAUCUGAGGGUGCGAUUCCCUGGUUUCGAGCCCCUGACUCCAUGGAUCCUGGAUCUGCUGGGUCAUUCUGCAGUGAUGAACAACCCCUCCAGACAGCCCCUGCCCCUGAAUGUGGCUUACAGGCGCUGCUUACAGAUGCUGGCUGCAGGGCUCUUCCUGCCCGGCUCCGUGGGCAUCACCGACCCCUGUGAGAGCGGAAACUUCCGGGUGCACACAGUCAUGACGCUGGAGCAGCAGGACACGGUGUGCUUCACGGCUCAGACUCUGGUCCGGAUCCUUUCGCAUGGAGGGUACCGGAAGAUCCUGGGCCUGGAAGGAGAUGCCAGCUAUCUGGCCUCUGAGAUGUCCACCUGGGACGGGGUCAUCGUGACACCAUCAGAGAAGGCCUACGACAAGCCACCGGAGAAGAAGGAGGGGGAUGACGAGGCACUGGAAGACGGAGGGGAGGGCGAGGAGGAGAGCAUGGAGACGCAGGAGUGAUGGUGAUGGUAGAUGUGGCUGAGAAGGAGGAGCCAGCAGCCAGGAGGGUGACGUCGCACCAGCUAAUCUUCUUUGACCGCCCCCCCCCCCCCCCCCCCCC